AUAAGUUAAACACAGCUUGGCCGUAAAGAAUGAAUAGUGAUGGCCAGUGUUUCAUCCCCACCACUGAAGCGAAUUAGUUCAUGGAAGUCUCACGUUAUUCGCACAGUUGUACCAGAAGUGCAAAAUGAGGGUAAAAUUGUAAAUACAGCAUACGUGUAUGGUUGCUUUUAUUCGAAUAUUUGUUAUAGUUUGUAUGUCUUAAGUGUUUUGAAAACACCUAAAAGUAAAUAAAAGUGUUGUGCCGCACGGGUCAUAGGAGACGAGAGUGUAGACCCAAGGUUGCUUUUUAGAACGUCUUUUACGGUUUAAGCGGUUUAUGAUUUCAUGUUUUUGUAUGCUACUAUUUGUCACUCCUUUACUUGCUUCAAUAGUUUAAGGUAACUUAGGACAGAAUGUAUGCGUUACGUGUUUUAAUUGUAGGUGUGUAUUAGCUUCAUUCAGUGACAGGUUAGCAAGCACUGUGCUUCGAACGACUUCCGAUAUCUCUUUUCCUGGAACUAUAUUACAUUCAAAAGAAGUGACGUUUCGAUGUCUCGAUCGAUUGUACAGGUUACUGGAAUGCCUACAGAUAAACUUGUUAUAUUAAACUUCAAAGUUCGCGUGGAACUGUUUUGAACAAAAUGUUCCUACAGUUAUUAGUUGGAAAUGUGAACUUUCAGGAAUAUAUAGUAUAUUAUGAAACUGGAGUCAGUGGUCAUCUAAUAGUGUCAGUGAUAAUGGUAUGUUUCUGUGUGAUGUGGUAGGCCUACGUGCAAGUGAAUCAAGAGUGCCUACUGUGUACAGACCUGCACAACGGGAAUGUAACCACUACAUUUCUGAAAACUAAAACGAAUUCGGCUGGAUUUCGAGCGAUGCUGCUGAUUUUGCUGAUGCUGGUGGCGCCGCUCACGGUCGCCAACAAGACCAAGUCUCUGCACGUCAUGAAACAACAGAUGUGCUCGGACCUGUGCACCUCGGGGCUGGGAGGCGCCCCCUGCGGGGAGCUAUGCAACGAGGACAUGGGGUUCGAUCUCCGGUCCCGUCUGAGACAAUUCACUCUCGCCACUGCCCGAAAGAAGGAUAUUUACGGACCGCGUCUUGCCGUCUGCCCUGUGUUGUGCCAUAACAACCUCGGUGAUCCGCUCUGCGGCUGUCACGUCGAGAGUGCCAUGGUGACGAAGCCUGCGAACUGGACCGCCAUCUGCGACUCGUUCUGCUACCAAGAAGGGUACACUCUGUACGGGUGUCCUCUUUGCCGGGUGAAGCCGGCCUUCCACGCCGAGAAGCUGUCAAUGGCCGCUGACAGCACUAGAGGCAAUUCUGAGGACGUCGACUGGGGAGAAUUGUGCGCCUACCUCUGCAGCAUUGGAGAGGGUGGCGCUGCCUGUAACUGCGACGCUGUACCGUAGGCUUGCCGCUUCUAGGCAUUCCGGUUUUAACCCACGCCAGCCCCCAUGAAAACGUGCUUGCAGUUAGCAGAGAAAAAAUAAUAAAUUUGUCCCUGAAUAAAUCGUGAUGGUGGCGGUAAA